AUGAAUAUAAUAACAACAGCUAGAUUAAUUGUUUUCCAAUUCAAAUUCAGUUUCAAACAAUGUAUUAAAAGGUAAGAAAUUUAUUUUGAUUUAGAACAUCUAUAUAUAAUCAUUUUGCUAUAGAUAGUCUUAGAGGAGGUGGAUGUAUUACAGCUAAAGUGACACCAUUAGAACCAUUAGAAUAAGUAAUUAUAGAAUUGCCUUGGAACUUUUUAUAUAAUCUUAUUUACUACUCAUAAUAAAUAAAUGAGAAAUCACAAUUAACUUGGAACGAUAAUACAAAAGAUGAAUUGUUUAUUGCGAUAUAAUGGUUUAUUUUUAAUAAAUUUUGA